AAAAGUUUGAAUCGUAUCGGCGCGGUGGGUAGGUAGGUGAGUACAUAAUAACGAUACCGACGUACUUUACGAUUCGAUAUAUAAGUAGCCACAGAAACUACUUAUCCUCAGAACAAACUGUGCAACAAACCGACAAACAUGAAGUGCUUCAUCGUUUUAUCCGCCAUCGCAGCUCUGGCUUUGGGUCACCCGGGUUAUCUGGGAUACCUCGAUUCCGCUUCCGGUCACCAUUUCGGAGGAGCUCCGGCCCACGGUUAUCACGGACCAGCGGCCCCGUUGGCUCACGACGGUCGGGUGAUCGACACCCCCGAAGUCGCUCACGCAAAAGCUGCCCACUUCGCGGCUCACGCCGAAGCCGCUGCCCAGGCUCAUCACGGAUCAACUCGGGGCGAUUACGGACACGGAUUGGCCGUUGGUUCUUACGCCGGUCCCGUCGGAGCUUACGAACACGCCGGACCGGCGACGUUCUCUUAUCACGGACCACCCGCCCCCCUCGGACACGACGGUAACGUCGUCGACACACCGGAAGUCGCUCACGCCAAAGCCGCCCAUUUUCACGCUCACGCCGAAGAGACCGCCAAAGUUGCCGCCCAUUCGGGAUACCCGGGACACUCCGGUUAUUACGGUUCGGCAGCAUCGCCGGUUCAUCAAUGGUGAAGACGCCGCCAAUUUCGCGCGAUCGACUCGUCGGCAUAGAUUUAACGCACCGUUAACCUGAUCGCACAUCGAUUUUGUAACAAAUGAAUAAACGUAUAGAAAUUAAAA